AUGGAUAAGAUAACGGACAAGAUCGCCGCCCUGCCGGCAGACGCCAACUACUUCUCUCUGGAGUUCUUCCCGCCCAAGACGUCAAUGGGUUUCUCCAAUCUCCGCGACCGUCUGGACAGAAUGGAAAGAGCCUUGAGGCCGCUCUUCGUCAACGUAACCUGGGGAGCCGGAGGUUCAACCUCGACAAAGUCCUUGGAGCUGGCCGAAAUCUGCCAGCGCGAGUUGGGCCUGACGACCUGUCUUCACCUGACAUGCACAAACAUGAGCCGCAAACUCAUCGAUAAGGCUUUGGAAGACGCAAAAGCCCUCGGCAUCCGCAACAUUCUCGCCCUGAGAGGCGACCCUCCGCGCAAGAAUGAGUACCGUGACGCUGAGGACUCAGACGUCGACGACGUGGACGACUUUGUCUGGGCUAUCGACCUUGUCAAGUACAUCCGCAAAAAGUACGGCGACUACUUCUGCAUCGGCGUCGCCGCCUACCCCGAGGGCCAUGCCGACGAGAGCCACCCCCUGGGCCAGAGCUUCGAGCACGACCUGCCCUACCUCGUCGACAAGGUCCAGGCUGGCGCCGACUUCAUCAUGACCCAGCUCUUCUUCGACAUCAAGGCGUACGACAACUUCGAGAGGGUUCUGAGGGAACACCCCAGCGGCGCCUUCAAAACCAUCCCCCUCCUUCCGGGCCUAAUGCCCAUCCAGAGCUACCAGAUGAUCAAGCGCACCACCAAGCUCAGCCACGCAAAGAUCCCAGACAACGUCAUGGCUCGCCUGGACGCAGCCAAGGGCGACGACGAGAAGGUCAAGCGCGUCGGUGUCGACAUCCUCAGCGAGCUCGUCGAGCAGGUCAAGGAGGUCAAGAGCAGGACCCCGGGCCCCAAGGGUUUCCACUUCUACACCCUCAACCUCGAAAAGGCCGUCUCAUUCAUCCUCGAGAAGACCGGCCUGAUCCCUGACCGCGAGGAAGAGGACGAUGAGUCCGCCAUCAUCGACGACGCGGCCGGCGUGCCCACAGUCCAGCUCAACGGCCUCUCCCACAUUCCACCCAGCGUCCCCCGCGCCCUCUCCAACCGUCGCCAGUCCUCCAUCGGCUCCGACCCUCACAACCGCGUCAUCGUCUCCUCGGCCUCAAAUCCCGCCUACGAGACCACCGCCGCCAGCCUCUCCGCUGGCUCCGUCAACACCCGCGCCAACACGCUCGCCAUCUCCGAAGGCGAGGGCGUUCUCGGCCGCGAGGCCACCUGGGACGACUUCCCUAACGGUCGCUGGGGUGACGCCCGCUCCCCGGCCUACGGCGAGAUUGACGGCUACGGCGUCAGCCUGCACAUGUCGGUGACCCAGGCCGUCGGCCUCUGGGGCACGCCCAAGACCGUGCAGGACAUCAACAACCUCUUCAUCAAGCACAUCAAGGGCCAGCUCAGCGCGAUCCCCUGGAGCGAGGAGGAGCUCCUCCCCGAGUCCAACAUCAUCCAGCAGGAGCUGCUUGAGCUCAACCAGCGCGGCUGGUGGACCGUCGCCUCGCAGCCCGCCGUCAACGGCAUCCCCUCGCGCGACCCGACCUUCGGCUGGGGUCCGCAGCACGGCUUCGUCUUUCAAAAGUCCUUUGUCGAGUUCUUCCUCCCCUCGGUCGACUGGGCGGGCCUCGUGGCGCGGCUGAACGAGGUCAAGGACAAGACCAUCACCUUCUACGCCGCCAACGCCGCGGGCGACUUCGUCUCCUCGGACGCGAGCGGCGGCGCCGUCCUCGAGGGCACCGAGUCCAGCAGCACCAACGCCGUCACCUGGGGCGUCUUCCCCGGCAAGGAGAUCAUCACGCCCACCAUCAUCGAGGAGGUCAGCUUCCGCGCCUGGUCCGAGGAGGCGUUCAAGAUCUGGGGCGAGUGGGCAAAGGUCUACGGCAAGGGCAGCGAGAGCGAGGCGCUCCUGGAGAAGGUGCGGUCCGAGUACUGGCUGGUCAACAUCAUCCACCACGAUUUCGUCGACAGAGACGCGCUGUGGAAGUUGUUGAGCGGCGAAAAGGAGCACUAG